UAUGAAUAUAAAAGAAAAGGGGAGAAGUGCUGGAGUGAAUCCAACCAAAAGCUUCCGUCCAUGACCAACUUUCCGCUUUCACUUUCCCGCAAUCCGACGACUCGAGCCGAUACAGAGAAUAUUUAACCAACAAUUCUCUCUCGGCCUCCUUCUGCUUCUCGUUUAGGGGAAGAAGAGGAGAAAGGUGGAAGAAGAAGAGGGGGGUGAUCGAAGGAUUUUGAAGAAAUUGCAGGAAUUCGGUGGAAGAAGGGGUCAUGGGGAACUGUCUCGGGAACCAGAAGGCGCCCUCCCUCGCCUCCGGCCCCUCGUCCGUCACCCCUACCUCAGGGACGUCGACGUCGAAGACGAGCAGCAGCGGCACGCGCUUCUCUUCCUCCACCGGAGACUCGCGGCUGUCGGGGAGCGACGCGGUGUUCUCUGGCGAUGAGGCGGCGCCGGAGGGCCAGAUCCUGCCGGUGCCCAACCUGAAGGAGUUCACCUUCGCGGAGCUGAAGGCGGCGACGAAGGGGUUCCGGCCGGACUCGCUGCUCGGCGAGGGCGGGUUCGGCCGGGUGUUCAAGGGCUGGGUCGACGAGCGCACCCUCUCCCCGGCCAAGACCGGCGCCGGCAUAAACAUCGCCGUCAAGAAGCUCAACUCGGAGAGCAUGCAGGGCCUCCAAGAAUGGCAGUCGGAGAUAAAUUUCUUGGGGAGGCUGUCGCACCCGAACCUGGUGAAGCUGCUGGGCUACUGCUUCGACGACAACGAGCUGCUCUUGGUCUACGAGUACAUGCAGCGGGGCAGCCUCGAAAAUCACAUCUUCAGGCGGAGCUCGGCGGUGGAGCCGUUGUCAUGGCGAAUCCGGCUGAAGAUCCUCAUCGGCGCCGGCAGGGGGCUGGCCUUCCUCCACCAAUCCGACAGAGAAAUCAUCUACAGAGACUUCAAGGCGUCCAACAUCUUGUUGGACCCGAAUUACAAUGCAAAAAUCUCCGACUUUGGAUUGGCCAAGCACGGGCCGAUGGGAGGCGAAUCCCAUGUCACCACGCGAGUCAUGGGCACCCAUGGCUACGCCGCUCCAGAGUACGUCGCCACGGGACAUCUCUAUGUGAAGAGUGACGUAUACGGCUUUGGAGUGGUGUUGCUGGAGAUGAUGACCGGGAAACGGGCGCUGGACACCCGCCGGCCGAGCGGGCAAACUAACCUUGUGGACUGGAUGAAACCGUUCCUCGGCGACCGGAGGAAGCUUUUGGAGAGGAUGGACGCCCGCCUCGACGGCAAGUACCCAAAGAAAGCCGCCUUCGAAGCUGCCAAGCUCGCGGCGAAGUGCCUGGAGCCGGAGCCGAAGAGCCGGCCGCACAUGAAAGAGGUGGUGGAGGCACUCGAGCGCAUCGCGGCCAUCAAGGAGAAGCCGAGGAACGCCAAAUCUGUGAACUCGAACGACGGGGCGCCGGCGCCGCCGGUAAAUGGUCAAUUCCACUACCGCCACCACUACCCAAGUCCGCGACGUUCCCCUCUCCAUCCUAACAUGGAGAGUCCCGGAAAUGGGAUUCCCCAAUACCAACGGUCACCGAUGCACCGGUCGCCGCUCAGGCGGUGACCGCCGGCGGCUUACCGGAGCCAUCUCUUAACCUAAAUUUGUUUGUUUUCCCGAGUCCCAAAAAUUGUUAGUUCAAGGUAAAAGAAUCAGCAUUUAUGUCGAGUAUUUAGACAAGGCCGGCUUGGAAGCGUAGCCAUCGUUGGCUCGUAUGUGGCUUCACCGCUAUUAUUUGUUCGUGUGAAUAAGUUUUGGUUCACCGUCUUCAUAUUUUAUGCCAAAUUUAUUGUGAAUUUAUUUGUA